CUCACUGACCAUUUGGCGAUCCAUUGAGAGGAGGGUUUGGAAAAGUGGCUCCUUUGUGACAGCUCUCGCCAGAUUGGGGGGCUGCUCAUUUGCAUCUCAUUAACCAUGCAGGCGGCCGGCGGGAUAUAAGGGCGGCAGGCGCCGGGCGAGAGUCAGAUCCUCAGCGCUUCACACUCGGUGAGAGACCCAGGCAGGCAGAGAGCAAAGAUCACAUACAAGAAGAGACCCGGGGCCAACAAGCAGGCGCAUACAUUUUGCUAUUUAAGACACCGAAACACUCUCUGAUUUUGUGUGUGGUUCUUUUUUUUUUCCUUUUGUUAUUCCUUGGAUUCAUAAAACAAAACAAAACAAAACAAAAACCCCCGAACAGCCCGAAUCUUUGCCGUGGCUAAGGAGAUAAGAGUCGAGUGAUCUCUGACAAAUCGCCGCUGCUGCUGCCGCUGCCGCUGCCGCUGCCGCUGUCGCUGUCGCUUGUCGCUGCCGCCGCUGCUGCUUGACAUCUACCGGCUACAAUCCACAGCGGCCAGAGAACUGUGCGCACACACACCCGCACACAAAACAACAACCAGCAGCCCCUCUCCCUUCUUCCGAAGCCAUCGGGGAUUAUCACCUCGCCUAUAGGGAUUUCCAGAUCGCCGUUUUUUAAUCUUCCUUGUGAAGAAGCCUCUUCGCUGUUCUCUUGGGAAUUAAGCUAAACAUUUGGCGUCUUGCUCUCGCUCUCUCUCUUUCUCUCUCUUUCUCUUUUCUAUUUUUUGGUGGGGAAGAAGUGCAAGGAGAAUACAGAAGAAAAAGAGCCUUAUCUCCCUCGUGGAUUGGAAGAGACAAGAGGAAUUCAGAAUAUUAUAUAUACUAUAUAUACAUAUAUUUUUAAAACAAACUCUCCCCUUCUUUUUUUUCCUCCCCCUUUUUUCCCCAUCCACUAGAGCUGUCAGUCACCGAAAGGGCGUAUCUAAAGCAACCACAACACUCACAGAAAAGAAAGCGAGGAGAGGUUCUUGUAAAAAGAGGAUUCUAACUCUACUAGCCUGGGACACGAGAUUUUUUCUGUCCAGGCUCUAGAAAUAUCCUCCCCCCCUCUUUAAUCCUCUCUAAUCUUAAGGAAAAGAGGGGAGGUGGGGGGGAAGGAAGACUAGAAAAGAGAUAAAAUCAAGUCAGCCCACCAUGGAACGUCAAUCCAUGCUGACCUUUGCAGUCUUCUCCGCGCUGCUUUGCCAGGUUUGGAGUUCCGGGGUGUUUGAGCUGAAGCUUCAGGAGUUUGUCAAUAAGAAGGGGCUCCUGGGGAACCGCAACUGCUGCCGCGGAGGCAGCGGGGGAGGCAGCUCGAGCGCCGCCUCGGGCUCGGGGCUGCUGCAAUGUGAUUGCAAGACUUUCUUCCGUGUGUGCCUAAAACACUACCAGGCCAGUGUAUCCCCGGAGCCCCCUUGCACCUACGGCAGCGCGGUUACUCCGGUGCUAGGGGCCAACUCCUUCAGUGUACCUGACAGCGCCAGCAACGCAGAUCCAGCCUUUAGCAACCCUAUCCGCUUCCCCUUCGGCUUCACCUGGCCAGGCACUUUCUCACUUAUCAUCGAAGCUCUGCACACAGAUUCACCAGAUGAUCUCGCUACAGAAAAUCCUGAUCGCUUGAUCAGCCGGCUGGCCACACAGCGGCACCUGACGGUGGGGGAAGAGUGGUCUCAGGACCUGCACACUAGCAGUCGAACUGACCUCAAGUACUCCUACCGAUUUGUUUGUGAUGAGCACUACUAUGGUGAGGGCUGCUCAGUCUUCUGCAGACCCAGGGAUGAUGCCUUUGGCCACUUCACCUGUGGGGAGCGAGGAGAGAAGGUCUGCAAUCCUGGUUGGAAAGGCCAGUACUGCACUGAACCAAUCUGCUUGCCAGGAUGUGAUGAACAACAUGGAUUCUGUGACAAGCCUGGAGAAUGCAAGUGUAGAGUUGGCUGGCAGGGUCGGUACUGUGAUGAGUGUAUCAGAUACCCAGGGUGCCUCCAUGGGACCUGUCAACAGCCUUGGCAGUGUAAUUGCCAGGAAGGCUGGGGAGGUCUUUUCUGUAACCAGGAUCUUAACUACUGCACCCAUCACAAGCCUUGCAAGAAUGGAGCCACUUGCACCAACACUGGUCAAGGAAGCUAUACUUGCUCUUGUCGUCCAGGAUAUACUGGCGCCAACUGUGAGAUCGAAAUCAACGAAUGUGAUGCUAACCCUUGUAAGAAUGGAGGAAGUUGCACGGAUCUCGAAAACAGUUAUUCCUGUACUUGCCCACCUGGCUUCUAUGGUAAAAACUGUGAGUUGAGUGCCAUGACUUGUGCUGAUGGCCCUUGCUUCAAUGGUGGCCGAUGCACAGAUAACCCUGAUGGAGGAUACACCUGUCACUGCCCAGUGGGUUACUCUGGCUUUAACUGUGAAAAGAAAAUUGAUUACUGCAGCUCCUCACCUUGUUCCAAUGGAGCCCAGUGUGUUGAUCUUGGGAAUUCCUACCUAUGCCAAUGCCAGGCUGGUUUCACUGGGAGACACUGUGACAACAACAUGGACGAUUGCGCUUCCUUCCCCUGUGUGAAUGGGGGUACCUGCCAAGAUGGGGUAAAUGACUACUCUUGCACCUGCCCCCCAGGAUAUACAGGGAAAAACUGCAGUGCCCCUGUCAGUAAAUGCGAACAUGGUCCCUGCCACAAUGGGGCAACCUGCCAUGAGAGAAACCACCGUUACGUGUGUGAGUGUGCCAGGGGCUAUGGAGGACUCAACUGUCAGUUCUUGCUCCCUGAGACUCCCCAAGUGGUUCCAGGCAAAUUCAUGGAAGGCCAGAAUGGGCAAUUCCCUUGGAUUGCUGUCUGUGCUGGCAUCAUCCUUGUCCUCAUGCUACUGUUGGGGUGUGCUGCUGUGGUGGUCUGUGUGCGGCUCAAGCUCCAGAAACGGCAGCCCCCAGCUGACACGUGCCGGGGAGAGACAGAAACCAUGAACAAUCUGGCCAACUGUCAGCGGGAAAAGGACAUUUCAGUUAGCAUCAUUGGAGCAGCUCAAAUCAAGAACACUAACAAGAAAGCAGACUUCCACGGGGAAAACAACUCAGAUAAAAAUGGCUUCAAGACUCGCUAUCCAGCAGUGGAUUAUAAUUUGGUACAUGAUCUCAAGAACGAAGACCCUUCCAGGGAAGAGCACAGUAAGUGCGAAGCCAAAUACGAGACGCAUGAUCCUGGAGUGGAGGACAAGAGCACCACGCCACUCAAAGGUGGUGAAACAUCAGAACGAAAAAGGCCAGAAUCUGUAUACUCCACUUCUAAAGACACAAAGUACCAGUCAGUAUAUGUCAUAUCAGAAGAAAAAGAUGAAUGCAUCAUAGCAACUGAGGUGAGUUCAAGCAGGGUGAAAAGCGCCAUUAACCUUCUGGAGAGCAAUGGGGGUGAGCUCGAAGGAUGAUUCUAUUUACAAAUGACAAUUCUUUUUUUUUUCCCCUCCCUUGGCGGGGCCUCUUUAGGUGUAAAAAUGUCAAAAAUUCCUGUUUCUCUUAAAUAAAUAAAUUCCAAGGAUAUAUGCCCCAACGAAUGCUGCUGAAAGAGGAAAGGGAGAUCCCUUCAUGGACUGCUGCUGAGAAACUAAAUUCAGACUGAGCUGGUUCUCUUCCUGAAAUUAGCAAAAGUGACUGCAAAACGAGCUGGACACCAGGCUGGGUUGGUGUUCAAGGAUACCUGUUGCACUGCCUUUUUAAAGACUUUUCCCGUUGCACUAUGGACAGUUGCUUUUUAAAAAAAUAUAUAUUUAAAUGAAUGGACUUAAUUACUACAUAAGAAGCAUGCACUGCCUGAAGUGUAUAUUUUGGAUUCUUAUGAGCCAGUCUUUUCUUGAAUUAGAAACACAAACACUGCCUUUAUUGUCCUUUUUGAUACUAAAAUGUGUUUUUCUAGGUGGAAAAAAUGUGUGUUAUUUUUUUGGAUUUGUAAAAAUAUUUUCAUGAUAUCUGUAAAGCUUGAGUAUUUUGUGAUGUUCAUUUUUUAUAAUUUAAAUUUUUUGGUAAAUAUGUACAAAGGCACUUCGGGUCUAUGUGACUAUAUUUUUUUGUAUAUAAAUGUAUUUAUGGAAUAUUGUGCAAAUGUUAUUUGAGGUUUUUUUUACUGUUUUGUUAAUGAAGAAAUUCAUUUUUAAAAUAUUUUUCCAAAAUAAAUAUUAUGAAUGAUAA